AAGCACCUGCCACAGACCUCAUAGCUUGGCGGUUGUUUGAGACCUUUUCCUCCAUUGUCAUCUUCACUUUCAGAAGAAACCCUAAUCCGCCAUUUUUGUUCCUCGAAAACCCUCUCGGAGGGUUUGGUUUGGUGUGGGGAGAGAUGGAAGAACAAAGCACGGCUAUAAUUUUAGCAAGAGCGACAGAGUUGAGGCUGAAGAUUAGAAGCUCUGUUAACACCACCACCACGAGUUCGGCGGUAACUUCCUGGGAGAAUCGGGAUGAUCGGUUCGCCGUGGAUGAAAAUAAUGGCGUUGGUUCGCGGCGGAGUGUGGCCGACGCGAUUGAGGUAACGGAAGAAGACGAGGAAGCGGUGAGGCUUUUGAAUAUCUGCGGUGCGCUCGAGUCUCUUGAGAAUCAACUCUCUUCGUUUCAGGAUUUACAACAACUGCAAAGGUACGAGAAGGAAGUAGCCCUUUCCGAGAUCGAGCAUAGCCGCGAGAUGUUACUGGAUAAGCUGAAGAAGUACGAAGGAGAGGAUUUGGAAGUGAUACACGAGGCGUCAGCUUUUGUUGGGGAGACCGUGCAGCACAACCAGGAUCUCAUGCUUCCUCCAUAUACAAGCCAUCCUGGUAAUGGCUACUUACAUCCCUUCCCUUCUGCACUCAAGUUUGUGAGGGCUGCUACAAAUAAAGCUACAAAGGAACUUAACGAAUCAGAACGGAAACACACGAAAUUGAAUUCGAGGAACUCGAGGAAUAGAUUAGGAUCCUUCAUUAGUAUAGCUGCAAAAUCCGUGGUUACCAUUGUUGGCAUAGUAUCCCUACUGCACUUGGCUGGUUUUCGACCGAAGUUUGCAGCAAAAAUUGCUGCUUUGAAGGCUUUGGACUGUUUUCGACGGUCUGCAGCUGUAAAUAAAGAAUCACGCCAUGGAUGCCCUCCGGGAAAGCUCAAUGCGUCGUGAAAGAGAGAAUCGAAGUUCCGUUUUCUUCGGUUGUGGCUAAACCAGAUGUAAACUAUGGAAGCGGGUAACAGUUCAAUCCGACAUGCUUGUGUGAGAUGUGUUCUCUGAAAGGAAAAGAGCUAAAGAAUCUGCGCGUCAACCUGUCGUCGGGACCUAAAGAUCGGUGGACGACAACGAAAACAAGGGAAAGCAACAACCCGUCGUUUGAAUCGUCGACGAUGACUGUUAUCGACGAGCCUGCAACGAAUAGGACUAACGGGGAUUGUACUGAUAAGCCAAGAAACUGUAGGCAUGCUACUCAGUGCAGGGAAGGCUUAAAAAAAGAUGACUUUUGCUAAUAUGAGCUUAUUAAGGGUCCAUGUAGGUCUUGAACUUACAACAUUCAUGUUAUUAGUCCGAUGUUCUAAUUGGUUCAUGUCGGUCUCAAAUCUGCGAUUUUUGUGUUAUUAACACCACUAAUCAACUAAUUGAAUUAAUAGGCC